ACCGGUAACUAAUUACAGAAUUAAUAGAAAUGAAAUCGCCAGUGUGUGCGUUGUUGCUAUUGACAUUCAUAUCCAGCACGAUGGCCCAUGGAAUGAUGGUUGGGGGAUUCACAAAAGCAAAGGAUCCUACAGAUGAUGUGGUUGAACUUGCCAAGCUGAUGAGACCUUCUGUCGAAAAGACUUUAUGCGUGAAAAAAGAAUUUUGUGUGUUCGACCAUUACCAUGUUCUGUCGUACAUGUCUCAAGUAGUUGCUGGAACGAAUUAUAUCAUUAAGAUUGACAUCGGGCAGAAGGAACCCAUUGCAAUCAAAGUGUUCGUGCCUUUACCAUACACCGAGAAACCCCCAGAAUUGGAAAAAGUUGUCCAGAUGGAACCGAACGAACGAUUUGGAUUCAAGCUGUUUGAAAAGAAAAAACACCCAAAGCGUGUUGAUUUGUAUUAAAUCUAUUUGUCGUACUUUUGAUUCACAGAUGCAGUAUUGUAUUGUAUUUUUUAUGAUACUUUGUCUUAUUUUUUGACAAGCAGCAAUUGGCUGUUAUAUUAUUAUGAUCAUUUUUAAUUGAACUUAAAAAUUUAAUCAUCAACCGUCAAACAGGAGCUCUUUUUUAUUAAUGUAAUCAUAACAUACUUAUCGAUUAUUUUCACGGGCUUUACCUAAUUUUAGUGUGGACAUAGACUUUGUCAAACACUCAACUGAUGUAUAUGUAUGUAGGGUACCCAGUUUUUUUUUUUUUUUUUAAGGGGGGUGCGGAUUGGAACCCUCCCUUUUUUUAAAUGAGAAAAAAAUGGUUCUCCAGAAGUAUGCGCACCAAGAUGUCGUACAAUCUGAAUCCUAACGGGUACACACAUACUAUUUUCAGAUUGUGCGCCAGCUUGGUGCGCAUACUUUCUGUGGGGGUCCAAAAAAAUUUCCCAUUUGCAAUUGUACAUAGAAAUUUUUUCAUAGCUUAAAAAACUUUUUAGAAUCUAAAGACUCUUGAGAUUCCACGUUUUCUGGCAACUAGUGGGGCUCACUGAAUGUUAUGGCCUAACUUGGCAAUCAGAAGUUUCAGAAAAUUCCAUUUGAAAAUCCCGGGCUUAUACCCUGGCAUGCAUGCACAAAUAUAUCGCCCCUAAAUUAACUUACAUCACAUCUCAAGGUUUCGGGAAAACCAUUUUUUUAAUAAUUUUGUUCCACCAGCCAAACCUGAAAAUGGGCGUAAGUCCAAACUUGAAAUUGAAGACUAAAAUAGGUGGACUUAAAGAUGACCCCUUGUCAUGAGAUCAGAAGUCCAUUUCAGUCCACUUCAGACAAAAAAGAUAUGGCUUUAAUCAAAAAGCGAAUAAUAAAAAUUAAUUGAUUGAAUGAUAGUUAACCUUAAGUGACUUUUAUAAGAGGGUUUUUCACACCUCAGGGCUGUGACGCAAGUAAGGCAAUUUUUUUCAAAAGAGUUUUGAACCCUUUAGAAUUUCUUUGUUUCAUUUUUGAUUAUUGUGAUCAGCAUCGUGAAUAUACAGGAUGUCCAAAAUUUUUCCCUCGACUUUAUAUCAAUAACAAUUGUAAGUUGUAAAUAAAUAUUGAACCUCCAGAAGUAUGCGCACCAAGAUGGCGCACAACCUGAACAUAGUAUGUGUGUACCGGUUGGGAUUCAGGUUGUGCGACAUCUUGGUACGCAGAAUACCGGAGCACUGAAAUAUUAUUGUAUGAUAAUGAGAACUACAAGCACAAUAAGAACUAUUGAAGAACAAUGAAAUUUUUAUCACUAUAAAAUUGGGCGAAAUCAAUUGGACACCCUGUAUAUUCUUGUACUGUUGGGAAGUUCGCCAAAUGGCAGUGGCUUCUUGUGCAGGAUUUUGUUCGGGGGUGAAAGGUAUAUUUAAACCUUCAAUAUUCAAAAUACCGUAUUUGCUCGUUUUGUAGCCCGGGCCCAUAUUUUUUAAACAAACUCACUAAUCGGGCCCUUAUUCAAACCGGCCCUUAUUCAAGCACGGGCCCUUGUUAUCUUUAAGGUAAAAUUGCGACGCCCUAUCAUUAUUGAAAUGACGCACUCUGCGACGCCCAGUUUGAGAACCACGUGUGAGUGUUAUCUACCAGCGCUUAAAAUUCAACAGCGUUGUGACAAAAACGCUUCUUAUUUCCUAUUGUU